UUUCAAGCUGGCAAGGAGAGCACGAUAAAUAGACAGAUAAUCCAAGCUCUUAUUUUUGCUCUUAGUCUUAUUCAACAUCAAGGUUAUGUCUCCCCAAGAACAAAAUAACGAACCGUCCCAAAUGACUGGGCAGCUUAACUCUGCUUCAGGUCUCGUGCAACAAGCCAUUGGAAAUGUUGUCCCUGAAUCAAUGGGAGCUUCUUCAUGGAUCCAAUCAGGCCACAAGCUUCAGAAGGAAGGACAAAAUGAAGUGGACGCAGCCAAAGCGCAGAAGGCUGGAGCGGCGACUGUCGACUCUGGUAUCGGUAAGGUUAAGUCUGUCUUUGGCUACGUGACUGGGGACCAAGAAAAGCAAACAGAAGGCAAUACCCAGGCUGAGAAGGCUCAAUGGGACUAUAAGCAAGCCACCUCCGAUUCCAUUGCUGCUAUUCCAAUACCUAGUGUUGAAGGGGCUAAGGGGAAGCUUGAGAGUGUUGUUGGUAUGGCCGCGGAAGAUCCUGAAAAACAGAAGGAGGGUAAUGUCCGAGCGGAGAAGGCUGCUUGGAAGGAUGGUGUGUAAAAGAGGUAGGGCCGGGCGAAAGAGCGGUUGACCAAUAGAUGCAAUAUGCACUACAGUUUUCCAAUG